GAACGAGGACCGGGAGCGAGCGUGGAGGGCGUCCCGGGAGACCAAACUGGAGACCAUCCCAAACUGUGAAGCCUGCGCCAAGCCCACGCCGGAGGAGGUGCGGGGCUGGGCACAGUCCUUUGACAAGCUGAUGAAGAGCCCCGCGGGUCGCAACGUCUUCCGGGAGUUCUUGCGGACUGAGUACAGCGAGGAGAACAUGCUCUUCUGGCUGGCGUGCGAGGAGCUCAAGGCCGAGUGCAACAAGCACACCAUCGACGAGAAGGCCAGGAUGAUCUACGAGGACUACAUCUCCAUCCUCUCGCCCAAGGAGGUGAGCCUGGACUCGCGGGUGCGGGAGGUGAUCAACCGGAAGAUGCAGGAGCCGUCCUCGCACACCUUCGAUGAUGCACAGCUCCAGAUCUACACGCUCAUGCACAGAGACUCCUACCCUCGCUUCCUGAACUCUGCCAUAUACAAAUCGCUGCUCCAGAGCGUCUCCCACUCCUCCUCGGAGUCCUAA